GCGGCUUGGAAGUGGGCAGCCUGGAAGUCACUCGGGCCACCGGAGCUGGCGGCGUCUUCCAAGCGAGUCGCGCGGGGGCCAGACGCCGCGGUCGAGGAACCCGCUCGGGCGGGCAACCAGGACACCCAGCAUGGCAGGGGAGACAUCCUUGCUGCCUGCCAGUUUGUGCUCAGCGCUGCUGCUUGUUCUGCCCUCCUGAGCUUCUCUGUCUGGAGCCCCCCCUGCAGCCCCUCAGCCUGCUGAGAUUGCCCUGGCUCUGCUGUGCACAGCGAUGGUGGAGAACUGGACUCCACAGCCUCACAACCUUCACAUCGGGUUUCAGGGGCCAGCAUCCUUCAUCCUAGGACUGGCGGCCCUGAACAAUGGCUGAGGGCCAGGGGACCCCGUAGAGAGUUGCACCACAGCUUCCUGGGGGGCCAGCAGCACUCUAGUGCCCUUGGACUAUGACCACCUAUCGGCCCCUUCCCAAUGAUGGUGUGGACCUGGCAGCCACCUGUGGGGCCAGGGGCGCCGAUGUCCUCCCUGGGCCGCACACGGGAGACUACACUCCCAUGGGCUUCUGGGCACAGAAUGGCAGCAUGUCCCAGCCUCUCGGGGAGAGCUCAGCCGCCACCACUCGCCCCAGCCCCACCACUCCCGCCAUGCCCAAGAUGGGCGUCCGAGCACGAGUGGCCGACUGGCCACCCAAGCGAGAGGCCUUGAGAGAGCUGAACAAUCCCAGCCCCUCGCAGGACGCAGAUGGUGCCAAGGCCACCUCCAAGGUGACCCAUUCGUUGAGGAGCCUGCAGAAUGGACCGGCCAGCACCACCAGCGCCCCAGUGGCCUCAGGGUCCAGAGCCUUCCACCGACUGUCCCGGCGAAGGUCCAAAGACGUGGAGUUCCAGGACGGGUGGCCCAGGUCGCCGGGCCGGGCCUUUCUGCCCCUGCGACACCGCAGCAGCAGCGAGAUCACCCUGAGCGAGUGCGAUGCGGCGGCGGCUGAGGAUCCGGGGGCGGAGGCGCGGGGUGCUCGGCUGGCGGGGGCGCUGCCCCUCUUCCGGGAGUACGGCAGCACAUCCUCCAUCGACGUGCAGGCCGUGCCCGAGCAGAGCUUCUUCGACAUCCUCAACGAGUUCCGCAGCGAGCAGCCUGACGCGGUGGCGGCCGCGGCGGCAACGGCAGGCACGCGGGGCUCCCGCCUCCUCGGCGGCGGCGGUGGCAGCUGCGGUGGAGGGGGCGAGCUCACCCCGCAUGCAGCGGGCGGCCGCGGGGUCAAGGCGGAUCCGCGGCGCGGGCAGUCGACCCCGGACGGCCUGCUGCCGCUGCAGCCCCUGAAGGAGAAGGAGAAAGGCCGGAAGAAGGGCGGCCGCGGGCCCGGAGCGGGCGCCGACGCCCCCGCCACCCUGGACGCGUCCAUCUUCCGGAAGCUGCGCAGCGGCAAGGCCGAGGGGGAGGCCGAGGAGGGCCGCAGCCCCCCGGAGCCCGGCCGCCCGUGGGUCUGCCAGAAGAGCUUCGCGCACUUCGACGUGCAGAGCAUGCUGUUCGACCUCAACGAGGCAGCCGCCAACCGGGGCUCGGUGGCCCAGCGGCGCAACACCACCACCGGGGCCUCGGCCGCCUCCGCCGCCUCUGCCAUGGCCAUGGCGUCGUCCUCGUCGUCGUCGUUCACAGCAGCCGCGGCCUCGGCGUCGGCGGCAUCGCGGGCCCACAGCCUGGGCGGCCUGGACCCCGCCUUCACCAGCACGGAGGACCUGAACUGCAAGGAGAACCUGGAGCAGGACCUGGGCGACGACACCAGCAACGACCUGCUGCUCAGCUGCCCGCACUUCCGCAACGAGAUCGGCGGGGAGCGCGAGCGCAACGUGAGCUUCUCCCGGGCCUCGGCCGGCUCCCCGGGCGGCAGCGGUGGCUGCGACCCGCUCCCUGCUGAGCCCGCGCUGAGCGCCCUCCGCACCAACGCCAGCAUCGCCGUGCUCGAGGUGCCCAAGGAGCAGCAGCGCACGCAGAGCCGGCCGCGGCAGUAUAGCAUCGAGCACGUGGACCUGGGCGCCCGCUACUACCAGGACUACUUCGUGGGCAAAGAACAUGCCAAUUACUUUGGUGUGGAUGAAAAGCUGGGGCCAGUGGCUGUGAGCAUCAAAAGAGAGAAGCUGGAAGACCACAAGGACCAUGGACCUCAGUACCAAUACCGGAUCAUCUUCCGGACCCGUGAGCUCAUCACCCUGCGAGGCUCCAUCCUCGAGGAUGCCACACCCACAGCCACCAAGCAUGGCACUGGACGGGGCCUGCCCCUGAAGGAUGCACUAGAGUAUGUAAUCCCCGAGCUCAACAUCCACUGCCUCCGACUGGCCCUCAACACUCCCAAGGUGACAGAGCAGCUGCUGAAGCUCGAUGAGCAGGGGCUGUGCCGCAAGCACAAGGUGGGCAUCCUGUACUGCAAGGCUGGCCAGAGCUCUGAGGAGGAGAUGUACAACAACGAGGAGGCUGGUCCUGCCUUCGAGGAGUUCCUUGACCUUUUGGGCGAGAAGGUCUGCCUGAAGGGCUUCACCAAGUAUGCUGCCCAGCUGGACGUCAAGACUGACUCCACGGGGACUCACUCCCUCUACACAACGUACCAGGAUUAUGAGAUCAUGUUCCACGUCUCCACUCUGCUCCCGUACACCCCCAACAACAGGCAGCAGUUACUGAGGAAGAGGCACAUAGGGAACGACAUUGUGACGAUCAUCUUCCAGGAGCCCGGUGCGCUGCCCUUCACCCCCAAGAACAUCCGCUCGCACUUUCAGCAUGUCUUCAUCAUCGUCCGAGCCCACAACCCCUGCACUGAGAACGUCUGCUAUAGCAUGGCGGUGACCCGAUCCAAAGAUGCUCCUCCUUUUGGCCCCCCUAUUCCCAAUGGAACCACAUUCCGCAAAUCUGAUGUCUUCAGAGACUUUUUGCUGGCCAAGGUGAUUAACGCUGAAAAUGCUGCACACAAGUCUGACAAGUUCCACACCAUGGCCACCAGGACCCGCCAGGAGUACCUCAAGGACCUGGCUGAAAACUGUGUCUCCAACACCCCCAUCGACUCCUCUGGCAAGUUCAACCUCAUCUCCCUGACCUCCAAGAAGAAGGAGAAGACAAAAGCCCGGGCAGGCGCUGAGCAACACAGUGCAGGGGCCAUCGCUUGGCGGGUAGCAGCUCAGGACUAUGCCCAGGGGGUAGAAAUCGACUGCAUUUUGGGAAUUUCCAAUGAGUUUGUGGUGCUCCUGGACCUACGCACCAAGGAAGUAGUGUUCAACUGCUACUGUGGGGAUGUCAUUGGCUGGACCCCAGACUCCUCAACACUGAAAAUCUUUUAUGGCCGAGGGGACCACAUCUUCCUACAGGCCGCAGAGGGCUCUGUGGAGGACAUAAGGGAAAUUGUCCAAAGACUGAAGGUGAUGACCAAUGGCUGGGAGACAGUGGACAUGACCCUUCGGCGGAAUGGGCUGGGGCAGCUGGGCUUCCAUGUGAAGUACGACGGGACGGUGGCUGAGGUGGAGGACUAUGGGUUUGCCUGGCAGGCUGGCCUCCGGCAAGGUAGCCGACUGGUGGAGAUCUGCAAGGUGGCUGUGGUCACACUGACACAUGACCAGAUGAUUGACCUGCUGCGCACCUCUGUUACUGUAAAGGUGGUCAUCAUCCCACCUUUCGAGGAUGGUACACCUCGAAGGGGGUGGCCGGAGACCUAUGACAUGAACACCUCGGAGUCCAAGGCUGAGCCAGAAAGCACCACUCCUGGGGGCCGGCCCCCCUAUCGCAGCAAUGCACCCUGGCAGUGGAGUGGGCCUGCAUCCCACAACUCCCUGCCAGCCUCCAAGUGGGCCACCCCAGCCACUCCUGGUCAUGCCCAGUCCCUGAGUCGGCUCCCGAAGCAAACGUCCAUGGUCCCCUUCCGGGAGUCGCAGCCACUGCACAACAAAAGGCCUGUCAGCUUCCCAGAAACUCCAUACACAGCAUCACCAGCAGGGGCCGACAGAGUCCCUCCCUACCGACAACCUUCUGGGAGCUUCUCCACCCCCGGCUCAGCCACCUACGCCAGAUACAAGCCAUCCCCAGAAAGGUAUGCUGCCGCCCCGCACCCACUGCUUUCCUUUGAUCCACACUUUAGCCACGAUGGGAUGUCCAGUGGUGACUCCUCCUCGGGCGGCCUGACCAGCCAGGAGAGUACCAUGGAGCGCCAGAAACCAGAGCCUUUGUGGCAUGUGCCAGCCCAGGCCCGGCUCUCAGCCAUGGCGGGAAGCAGUGGGAGCAAGCACACCUCCAGGCAGGAUGUGGCAGGCAAAGAUUCCCCCAACAGGCAUUCCAAAGGCGAACCUCAGUACUCCAGCCAUUCCAGCAGCAAUACCCUGUCCAGCAAUGCGUCCAGCAGCCACAGCGACGACCGCUGGUUUGACCCUCUGGACCCCUUGGAGCCCGAGCAAGACCCCCUCUCCAAGGGCGGCUCCAGUGACAGCGGCAUCGACACCACGCUCUAUACCUCCAGCCCCAGCUGCAUGUCCCUGGCCAAAGUGCCACGGCCCACCAAGCCACACAAGCCCCCUGGAAGUAUUGGUCUGUGUGGUGGCCGAGAGUCCGCUGCAAGGCCCCACCACGCAGACAGGCGGCGGGAGGUCUCCCCGACCCCCGCAGUUGCUGGCCAGGGCAAGGGCUACCGGCCGAAACUGUACUCCUCAGGCGCCAGCACCCCCACAGGCCUGGCCGGGGGCAGCCGAGACCCACCAAGGCAACCCAGUGACAUGGGCUCCAGGGCUGGCUACCCUGCUCAGGUUUACAAAACAGCCAGUGCAGACACACCUCGGGCCUCUCAGCUGGCUCAGUCCAGCCCCUUCCAGCUCUCCACCUCUGUUCCCAAGUCCUUCUUCUCCAAGCAGCCUGUGCGUAAUAAGCAUCCAACAGGGUGGAAGAGAACGGACGAGCCCCCACCACGGCCACUCCCUUUUACUGACCCCAAAAAGCAGGUAGACACCAACACAAAAAACGUCUUCGGGCAGCCACGGUUGAGAGCAUCCCUGCGAGACCUGCGAUCCCCGCGAAAGAACUACAAGUCCACCAUCGAGGACGACCUAAAGAAACUCAUCAUCAUGGACAACCUGGGGCCAGAGCAAGAGCGGGAUGCAGGGCAGUCCCCCCAGAAGGGCCUACAGCGGACCCUGUCAGAUGAGAGUCUAUGCAGCGGGCGUCGGGAACCCAGUUUUGCCAGCCCUUCCAGCCUGGAGCCAGGCCUGCCCAGUGACGUGCUCUUCACCAGCACCUGCUCCUUCCCCUCCAGCACGCUGCCUGCCCGCCGCCAGCACCAGCACCCCCACCCGCCUGGCGGAGGAGGCCCCAGCACCAUCCCAGAGAAGAAAUCUGCCAUCUCUGCCUCGGAGCUCUCACUAGCUGAUGGGCGGGAGCGGCCGCUGCGGCGCCUUGACCCUGGAAUGAUGCCACUGCCCGACACAGCUGCAGGCCUUGAAUGGUCCAGCCUGGUAAAUGCAGCAAAGGCCUAUGAAGUGCAAAGAGCUGUCUCGCUUUUCUCUCUAAAUGACCCAGCCCUGAGCCCGGACAUCCCACCUGCACACAGUCCUGUCCACAGCCACUUGAGCCUGGAGCGGGGACCCUCAACCCCUAGGACCACCCCUACCAUGAGUGAGGAGCCACCCUUGGAUCUGACUGGCAAGGUGUACCAGCUGGAAGUGAUGCUGAAGCAACUGCACACAGACCUCCAGAAGGAGAAGCAGGACAAGGUGGUACUGCAGUCAGAGGUGGCCAGCCUUCGGCAGAACAACCAGCGGCUGCAGGAGGAGUCGCAGGCCGCCAGCGAGCAGCUUCGCAAGUUUGCUGAGCUCUUCAGUAGGGAAAAGGAACUCUGAGACAGCCGGGGAGGUCCUGCACCACGAACACCCUCAUCCAGCCAUGAUGCCUCCCCUGCAGGCUGGGCCCAGGCUCCUGACUCCUCUCUCCCUCUCUGGGCUCCUGGUUGCAGGUGGAGGGGUCACCCAGCCAGAGAGCCCAGGCACCUGCCAGCCCAUAGCCCUCUGCAGGGACUUGGGAACCAGGGCUGGUAGAAACCAGCUCUGCUCCUGUCUCAGGGCCCUCUGAGCUACCCCCCAUCUCCCCCCCACACACCCCACCCCAUGGGCCUGUGGGCCAUCAGUCCUCUUCCUUGUCCUUGGACCCAGCUGCUGGAGCUCUUGGACGGCGGGAGGGACAAGGGAUGCUCCCUGCAUGAGAAACACAGUGGGAUACCAAAUGAGCCCCCUUCAUUCCCCACACCCCAGAGAGGUCACAGCCCAGGGCUCCUUCGUCCCCAGUGCUAGCUCCCAACAGCAUGGACACCAUCAUCUUCCCCCAGCCCUUUCACAAAGCAGCCAGGAGCACUUUUCAUAGAGUUUAAAUUAUUUUCCUGGGGCCCCCAGAUAAAGAGAGGAGACCCCAGUAUCCAGAGUCCACCAAGAGAAAAACCCUUCUUUGUACAAUCAAGACUGUUUGUACUAUCUUUUCCUUAUCAGCUCCUCCCAGCAGAGGCCACAGUGCCUGGGCCUGGGCUGCAGGCCUUUUCUCUCCUACUCAUACCCAGCCCUGACCAGCUCAGGGCUCAGAAGGCACCCAUGGAGCCUUGGGCCAGGCUGAGGAAAAGCAGCCUUGUCUCCUGUCUGCUCUCAUUUUCCUUUGCAAGGCUCCAGGGCCAGUCUUGCAGCCCCCCCAGCGGGCGCCACCCAGACACAUUCACUGUGCUCCCCGGGGAGCACUCCCAGUGCAACCCCCAGAGAUGCUAGUUCUCAAAAGGCAAUAAGGGGCAGCUCCGUGUGGUACUACGCUGUUCACCCAAGAAACAUGAACUUUUUUUUUUUUCCUUCUUUAAAAAAAAAAACAAAAACAAAAAAAUAUAUUAUAUAUAUAUUUAUUUUUUCAUGUAGAGUUGUGCCAGAACGAGUCUGGAUGGCCACGGUCUGUGGACUCCCCCUCCCCAACCUCAAGCUGAGAAUUGAAGCAUGUACCACCACCACCACCCCCCUGGAGGUGGGGAGCAGUGGGAGGUGGGGAGCAGUGGGAGGUGGAGGAGUUGGCAGCCCAGAGCCAAUGCCAGGCAACAAGGCCCACCUCUGAAAACCAGGCCUUCUCUUUGAGGAAGAGCCUCUUGACAGACUUGCACCCCAAGACAGAGAAGCAGGGCAGGGCCGGAAUAAAGGGUACCCAUGGUUGGCCAGAGGGGUAGUAUCUAGAGCAAAACCUCAGUUCCAACAUUGCCAGUGGUGGUAGGAGACCAGGCAGCUGCCCAGCCAUCCUCAGCCAUGGCCAACUACUGUGACGUCUCCUCCCCUCUCCCCUACGACCCUCCUUACUCUGCCUCCACCCCUUUCCUCAGACAAACCUGGAGCCUUUUGCUUUCUCUCUUUUUUUUUUUUUAGAUGUCUCCUCAUCUUCAGAUCAUUCUAAUCAUUUUGGGGACGUAAUCAUGUACAUUGACAAGUGUAAAUUAUGAUUUUUUUUGCUUACAUUUUGUUUUUUUAAAUUUCUGCAAAACCAGUUAUUUAAUUUGAGGUUGGUGUUAUAUCCAUUGGCUGAAGAUAGGCUUUUUUUUUUCCAUGUUGAUUUGUUUCAUUUGGAUUUU